AUCCACACGAGGAGAGAGGCCACGAACUGAUCGGCCUCUCCACUCUACAGGCUCCAGCUCCAAUGGCGCUCGCCUCUACCUCCAUCUCCAUCCAUCACCACCACCAUCCUCAUCUCAUUCUCCCUUCCAAGCCCUCUCUGCUUCAGUCACAACUCUUCGCGCCCUUUUCUCACAAACCGCCGCCCGUCGCCCGAUCCAAGCUCGACGUCUCGCUCUCCGUCGCCUUCAACCCUUCCGGCAACUUCGACCUCACCCUCACCGGCGAGGACCAAGACCAGCAAGUCGCACCUCCUUUACCACCAACUAAAGGACGCUUUGACAUAGUUAUCAACAAUGACCUCAUACGUCGCUUGGACCUAUCGCCUGUUGAAGCAAUUGCAGGAUCAAGCUCUCCUACAAAUGUUGAAUCAAGAAAGCUUUUGGACCAAACUGUUGGUUUCACAAUCAAUUAUGAAAGGGAAGACCCUCAUGAUCCACGGGAGUUAUCAGAGUUCCCCGAUAUAAGGCUUUGGUUUGUGAGGCUCGAUGCAUCUUAUCCAUGGUUCCCUGUGGUUCUUGAUUGGCGAGCUGGGGAGCUUGCGCGAUACGCAGCAAUGCUAGUUCCUCAUCAGAUAAGUACUAGAUUGGGCAUCGUCUUCAACCCUGAGGCUCUUGAGCUGUUUGUUCUAAACAAGGCUUUCCAUGUGUAUCCCUGGCUAAAACAGCAAGAGUUACCGAAACCCCGAUUGAAGACGCAAGACAUGGCAAGAAUGCUUGGAUUUGGUCUAGACGAGGCAUUAUUCGACUUGAUCGAUCAAUGCCCGCUUCAUCCUUCAUGAGCUAAGUAUAUAACUAUCAAGACACUGUAAGUGAUUCAAAAUACAAAUGGAAUGAGAUUUUCAGUAGAGGGGCUUCAAUGGUGGUUAGGGUUGUGUCUCUUUCUCAUGAAACGUUGGAAACUCUGUUGGACGUGAGCAACCUUUCUCAAACAAUGGCCACGAGGGGGUAAUCCAUGCAGAAGUCCUCCAACUACCACCUUCAUAUAUCAAUGUAUCCUUCUGGCAUAUCAACAUUCAAUAUGAUUGUAUCAGCAGCAAGAAGAAAGAAAUAUGAAAGUAUUAAUUCUGUGGCACAAAUUUCUGUAUUUAUAUUUUACUGACAUGUAGGGUACAUUAGGACCCUCUUUUUGAACAAUAA